GGACUGGCGGCGGGGCGGAGAGCUUCGAAUCUGGUUUUGCGCGGGAAUUGGAACGGCCGCCGCCGCUGCCGACAGGAGGCCGCGAGCUGCAGGUUUCCAGCCUUGGAGGGGACCAUGGUGCGGCCUGCGAGGCACAAGAAGCCAGUGAAUUACUCCCAGUUUGAGGACUCUGACAGUGAUGAUGAUUUUGUUCCUGCAACCGCACCGUUAAAUAAAAAAUCCAGAAGUACACAAAAGGAGUUAAAACUAGAAAAACCAGAACCUAAACUGAAGAAUCUCCAGGAAAAAGACAUCCCACUACAAGAGAAAACCCCUAAAAAAAGAAUGCCUUUAGAUGAUAAGCUCUACCAGAGAGACCUAGAAGUCGCACUGGCUUUAUCAGUGAAGGAACUUCCAGCCGUCACCAUUGAUGUGGAGGAGUCUCAAGAUAAAAACAUUGACAAAUAUAGUGAAACAGAAGCAAUGAGUAAGUCUCCUCAUAUCUCCAAUUGCAGUGUAGCCAGUGAUUAUUUAGAUCUGGAUAAGAUCACUGAGGAGGAUGAUUCCCAGGGUCCUCAGCGGAGAAGAAAAGCGGCAUCCCAAGCCGUGGUCCAGCAGAGGAAGAUUCUUUUGGAAAACAGCGACGGCGACGGCGCCGAUGACUCCGAACCAGACUUUGCAACUGGUGAGGAUUCUGAGGACGAUUCUGAUUUUAGUGAGAGUGAAGAUGAUGAAAGUUUCACUGUGAGAAAAAGUAAAGUUAAAGAAAUUAAAAAGAAAGAAGUGAAAGGGAAAUCUCCAGUUGAAAAGAAAGAGAAGAGAUCCAAACGGCAUGAUGUGGUGACUUCAGUAGAUUCUGCUCCUGCUGCUGUCAAGUCAGAAUCUUGGCCCUCACCGAAAAAGGUUUCUCCUUCUUCAGAGGCUACUAGGAAGCCGUUACAAAUACGAAGUCCUCCAGCUGAAAGCAAGAGACCUAAGUGGGUCCCACCAGCGGUGUCUGGAAGCAGCAGCCGUAGCCCACUGGCCAGAGUGUCUGUGAAGUCUCCAACUCAGAGUCUCCGCCUUGGCUUGUCCCGAUUAGCACGAGUUAAACCUUUGCAUCCAAAUGCUGCUAGUAGCUGAGUGUAGUGGCAAGAAAAUGUUUGAUCGAGAAGAUCUCACUUUUAUAAGCAUGUAUAUAUUUGUGUUUAUAUUUGAGGAGGGUAUUGUAACAUAAAUGAAUCCUUUAAAGUUGUAUAAAUGAUCUCUACCUGUUUUGUGAUUGUUCUCUGAAAAGCUAUCUGAGACUUCAGUAAGAGGUUUGUUUAUAAGAAUUAUCUUGGAAUGUCAUCCCCUUCUGAAGAGCAUAUUCUCUUUCCCUUAUAUGUAUAUAAUAAGUCACUGUCAUUACGUGGCUGUCAGUUUGACAUGGAGGAUGUCCCCGUUACAUGUUGUUCUUUCCUAGUAACAUGCCCGAUGCUUCUUUCUGGCUUUGUCUAGUUUAUGGCACCUGAAAUUUAACUGUGCACAGUUUAUCUGGCAAAAGGAAAAUUCCCAUUUCUCCCAGGAGACAUUUCUGAAAUCUUAUAAGUUACUUAACCUGCAUUGUCAGUUUUGUUGCAAUGAUGUUUCAUAUUUUAGCCAAAUGUUUUUAUAUUGAGAAUUCAGAAUAAUUUUCCAUAUUAAAACAGUUGAUCGGCUUCCCUGGUGGCGCAGUGGUUGAGAGUCCGCCUGCCGAUGCAGGGGACACGGGUUUGUGCCCCAGUCUGGGAGGAUCCCACAUGCCGCGGAGCGGCUGGACCCGUGAGCCGUGGCCACUGAGCCUGCGCGUCCGGAGCCUGUGCUCCGCAACGGGAGAGGCCCCAGCAGUGAGAGGCCCGCGUAAAGCAAAAGAAAAAAAAAAACAAAAAAACCCAAAACAGUUGCUAUACUAUAGCGUAUGUCUCCUACUUCGAAGUAGAUGGUUAGAUAGCAAAUAGAAUUUUGUGACAUUUUAUGAAGCCCUCAUUGUCAAAACCUUUAAUAAAAGUGAAAAAGUUGUGAUAUGCACUUUUCCUUGAUGCUAAUGCAUCCAUCUGUCUCUGUCUACAUUUCAUGAUAAAAUGGGUGCUUUGCAAAAAAAGUUAGCCUUUUUGUUGUAAAUAUAAAGGGAAGAGCUGUUUCUUAAAGUCGUCACUUUUACAUUAAGCCCGUGCUCUAGAGGGUGGCUGUCAAGUACUUGUCACCCCUAUUGUAUUAGAUAGUACAGCCCUUUCGGAAGCUUACAUCCUAAUUCACUGUGAGUAAAAAUAGUGAUACUUUAUGGUGAGAACUUCAACCAAACCAAAUUUCAAUUUUUAAUAAAAAUACUUUGAAUCAUGUUAACCAUUAAAAAAUACAUAAUACUUAGCUCAGUUCUUCUUGGUUAAUGAAAUAUCUAUGUUAAUGUGAAGAUAAGUAUUUAGAAUUGUGAUUAAAGUGAUGAUUUUAUGUAGGAAUUAUGAUCCUACUGCUAUUAUAUAUAUUUUUUCUUAUCGAGUAUAUAUUUUCUACUGUCUUACACCCCCUUACCUACCCCGCCCCACCCCUUCUUGGAAACAUGUUUCCCAGGGACACGGUAUUGAGGUACUCUGUGUGCGGCAGUU